AAAUUUUAUCACUUUUGAAAAGUGCGUUCUCAGAUCUGUGAAUCGCAGUUACAAGUAUAUGUCUAUAAGGGCCCAAAUUUAUGAGUUACCGAUUACUUAUGCGUUGGUUACAUUCAAGCUUUCGAAGCGAGACAACCAACAUGUCUUUGAACGAUUCAAUGGUUCUGUGGAGCUCUGCAGAUUCAUGAGAGAUCGACGAAAUCCAAUAGCCAACUUUAUAUUCUCCAUUUUUGAGGAUUACACAAAUUUCAAUCACACGUGUCCAUUUACUGAGUCUCACCAUUUCUUGGAAAAGCUGCCAGUUCAGCAUGUAAGUAAUUUGAUAUCGGUACUACCUAAUGGUCGAUAUAUUUUUCAUCUAUUAUGGACUUCAAAUAAGCGUCUCAGAGGUGAAAUCAUUACGUAUUUUACCAAAUCAUAA